CAUCCUAUGUUUAUUGUGACUUGUUAUAAAUGUCACCGUAUAUCUUUUUUCUUGUAGUGAUUAUUUUAAUUUGGUUUUCACUUACCGGAUCUCCACCUCCAUCAAACCACCCAAAAGAUUCCUCUGAAAGAAGCUCUGCGAAAAGAAUGAAGAAAAUGAGAAAGGUAGCUGAUGCCUACUGCGAGGCUGGGACCGAAGAGAUUAAGCAGCUGGCACACAAAUUCUUCGACUCCAUGGAUCUGAAUGGAGACCAAGGAGUGACCAUGGGCGAGUACAUGGAUUUUUUCACGGGUCUGGGACGCUACAGCCAAAUGAAAAUAAAGAAUGGUUUCUAAAGCUUGACAAGGAUGGGAAAGGGCGUCUGGGUUUCCGUGAUGUGAUGACUCUGUUCUACAUACUUAAGAGUGGGAGACCAUUUUGCGAAGGGUGUGGAGAAUUUAUGAGUGGAGUGUUCUUUACUUGUGUGAAAUGCUUCGACGACCACUCUCGUAGCUGCUACUCUGUGUGUCUUAAAUGCUGUGAAAGCACUGAUAUAGUGCAUGAGCACCAAGAAUUUUUGGAUAACUUCGCAUUGCUUGAAGCCAAGCGGAGGAAAUCCGAAUUUCCGGCACUGAGGGCCACAGCCGCACAAGUUCAGACUCUCCGCAAGGAUUCUAAUCCUCGAGGCCAAAUGAAGGAGCUGCGCCAGAUUGCUACGAUCUAUGAUUGCAGAAGCACAUCAGAAGACAUUAAGGAGAAGAAGGAGAAGAUACGCAAGUUUUUCAGCCCAAUGCGUUAUGGAGAUCAUGAACCCGUGGCCCUCCAUGAGUUCCUAGACUUCAUGAGGCGGAAAGACAACGAACACUUGACCAAUAAUAGCCUGGAUCUUGAGUUCAUGAAUACUCCAGAAUUCUUCAAGAAACUAGACAGAGAUAAAAAGGGACUCAACAUCUCCGAUUUAGAAACUCUCUACUAUAUCAUCCAAAGUGGAAGGCCAUUUUGCAAAGGCUGUGGGGAAUUUAUCGAGGGAAUGUUCUUCACCUGUGUCACCUGCUUCGAGCGCUGUAGCACCUGCUUCGAGUGCGGUGGCACCUGCUUCUCUCUAUGCCUUCACUGUUACAAUGCCAAAAAAUUUAUCCACGAGCACGAUCUGUUUUUGGAUAACUACGCUUUGCUUGAAGCCAUGAGGGAAACCGCUAAGAAAACCAACAGACGAAAGACUCAUGUGAAGGUGAAUGAUUCAAAGCAAAGUGCCUCCCUUGCCAUGUUGCUAAAGAUAGAUACUUCAGAGGGAAGCACUUCUUCACCUGGUCCUAUUGUCCCAUUGAAUAACAAACUGCCUAAUUUCACUACAAAGCCAAACACUUCUUCUCUUGGUCCAAUUGUGCCAGUGAUUAAUAAGCUUACUGGUGCAAAGGCUGCAUUCGAAGCCUUGGAAGGAGCCUUGAAUGUGGCGAUCGCAGCUGCAAUGGUUGUUAAUGCUGUCUGUGUCAUUCUGUGAGAAAUCCAUUAGUAGUCAUUCUGCUCCAUCUCUAUUAGAGAUUUACUAAGCAUUAGAUUUGUGUAGGCUUGCUAAGCUAUAAUAAGGUACGUAUGAACAUACACAGUUUGUGUUAUUCCUUUAAUGUGAUGUAUCUAUUUUAAGACGUUCAAAUGCCCAUCAAAUGCUCAAGCAAGACAAUCAAGUACUCUAAGAUGGUUUAAGUGGUC